AUGGCAAGCCAGGAGGCCAAGGGCAUGUUUGCAUCCCUCUCCACUGCCAAGCUCGGCACUUUGAAUCUUGGGGCGCUUGAGACUGCAGCCUCCCAGCACAACUUGCAGGUGCUCGAUCUCAAGGACCACAAGAUCUCGGCGAUUCCGGCACAGGUCCUGAGUGCUUUCACGCACGUCAAGGUUCUAGAUCUUCGCAAGAAUGCGCUGGAGGAGCUGUUGCCAGACAUUCGUGUGAUGAGUCAGUUGGAGGACCUGCUCUUGGAUCAGAAUCGUCUGAGAGAGAUCCCGGACGAGGUCUGCCUUUUGCCGCACCUGAGAGGGCUAUCUUUGAGCCAGAACCUCUUGAAGAUGCUGCCGAAGGCUGUGGGAUCCAUGAAGUCACUGAAGAGUCUCAGCCUAGGUGACAACUUCCUGGAAGAGAUUCCGGUAGAGCUUGGACAGUGCAAGGAGUUGCAGACCCUCUACUUGCACCACAACAGCUUCACAAGCUUACCGUCCAGCCUGUCGGCACUGGAAAAUUUGCAAGAGCUUGCAUUGGAAUGGUUCAGGUAUACUACCCCGCCACUACCACGCGUGAUAAAGGGAGCCGAGUGGCAGCGCAUCAUCGUGAAGCUCAGAGACCUUUGUCGCGAGAAGAAAGACAAGGAUUCUCGUGUGAGCUGUAUAGAGGUCCUGUCGGAGUUCUCGCAGAAGGCCUUCGAUCCGAAUGCAAUCGACUCCAAAAGGAGAACUCGGUUACACGUGGCCUGUCUCGAGGGACAUGUUGGUGUAGCCCUGGCUCUGGCCGAGAACGGGUCGAAGUGCGAUUCCUUGGACUGUGAGGGCUACUCGCCGCUGCUUGUAGCAGUCCGCGAGGAGCAUCCUGACAUCGCCAAUGCCCUUGUGAGAGUGGGGGUUGACGUGAAUCGUGGCGGUGGCCUGUUUGGCUCGCCACUUCACGUGGCCACGGUCAACUUUGACCCGCAGAUGGUGAUGUUACUUAUUCGAGGAAAAGCUGACGUCAAUCAGACCGAUGCUGAUGGAAACGCCCCUCUGCAUGUUUUGAUGUCGGUUUUCGACAAGGGUGGUAAGCGAGCCGCAGCCAUUGGCAAAAUCUUGUUGCAGCACAAUGCUGAUUGCAACAUGAUGAACAGUGACAAGUGGGCGCCGCUUCACCUCGCUGCUCGACGAGGCCAAUUGCGUGGGAUUGCGUUCGUGCUCAGUAACUUGGACUCCUUCGACGCUGCCUGCCAGAAGGGCACCUGUUCGCACCAGUCCAAGAAGCCAAAGGGCAGCAGAGUGCGGACGUGCCCGCAAGUCUUCGAUCUGAAUCUGAGGGGUGGCUCGCACCUCUGGACACCUCUUCACUUGGCUGGGCAUGCAUGUCACGUCAAUGUCGUCCAGGUUCUCAUCGAGGCUGGAUCUGACGUUUUUCUACGGAAUGUGGACGGCCGAACUGCAAGGCAUGUCUCCCGUGGUAAUUUGGCCAUCUCCAAACUCUUGCGGAAGGCGGAGGACGAGUGGCUCUGGUACCGCAUACAUCAAGGCUUCGCUGACAUGAAGGAGACAGUGAAACCUUUGGGAGAUGUCAGUGCAGCGACCGAGCCAUCACCAGACAUCGUGGUCUCCUCACCUCGAAAUACCUCGGCAUCCGCGCGGGACUCGGACGAGCUGCUGGAGACGUUCAGGGUAGAGGAUGAGGAAGACGAUCCUUUCGAGGAAAUCGCCAAAACCAUCGAAGGCCCCGCAAAGAAAGGCUCCGGGCCAACUGCACCACAAGGACCCCCCGACCCGGGAAGGGCUCCGAUACCGCAGCUGAGAACAGCUUCGAGGCCAAAGAUGCAGCGAAUCACGGAGAAGUGCCAAGACUCCUACUUUUCGAAGGAGGAGCUCCAUGCGCUCCAAACCCUGAACUUUGCAAAGCCUGUUGGUGAAGGACCACAAGCGUUCAUCGAUAUCCUCCACAAGCUCUUGCAAAAGGGGCCAAAGGAGCGCCUCCCGUACCUUCUGUCGAAAGCAUGGGUCAAGGAGCUUAUACCGGAAGUCCUGGAGAACGAAAAAUAUCACCACGUCCUCCUGAGCCCUGACCUCGUGUGCAACGAGGACUUCCUCAGGAUGAUCGUGAGCAACCUGCCGCAAGACAGGCUCACCAUCCUCGGGAAGAUGCGCAAUAACGACCAGGACACGCUGCUGCACGUCGUAUGCAAAGGCAUGCAUGCAGCCAGCCCUGGUGCCGACAUCCUCUCCUUCCUCCUUUCCGCCUGCCCCAAGGGAACCUUUGACCUCGAGGCUCGAGACAUGCGAGGGCAGACCUCACUUCACCUUGCUGCGCAGAACGGAGACCUGGGAUUGGUGCAGGUCUUGCUUGACAACAACUGCCAUCCAAAUUCCCAGGAGGAGACGACCGGUUGGACGCCGCUGCACUUUGCUGUGUCAAAGGCUCACUACAGCGUUAUCCUGCAGCUGCUUCAGCAUGCCGAGACAGACGUCAACCAGGUUGACAAGUUCGAGUGGCCUCCCAUCCUUGAAGCCUGCUCCAGGUUAGAUGCCAGAGCGACGUCUCUCUUGGUGAACGGCCGGGCCAACGUCGCGUUCCGGAGCCAGCACCAGUUCGAUGUGCUGAAAGCUGUGGAUACAUCCAAGAAGGACUUGGCGGCCAAGCGAUGGAUGUCAUGCCUUGUGGUCUCAAACGGCUUCCGGUUUCAGGAGUCGUCCGUCCAGCUCACGGCCGAGGACCGGGAGACCUUGCACCGAGAGCAGGCGUACUUCAAUACCCGUUCCAUCCCAGCAACGCAUCCUCCAUUCUUCGUGCCGGAUCACUUGGCCCCGCGAUGCCACAGCUGCAAGGUUCUCUUCUCUGUCACAGUUCGCAGAUAUCAUUGCAGAAGUUGUGGACUUGUGCUUUGUGGCAACUGCUUCAAGUGGAGGCGGUGCAUGAAGCGUGGCCCGUCGGGGCAGGAGCCGGCAACACAAGUCAAGCGGCAAAAGGAGAUGGAUGCUGCUCCGUCAGCAUCUUCGGAGAGGGAGCACCUCAUGCUCAUGAAGGUGCUCCAACCAGCGCAGGCGCCUGCGCAGAAACUGAGUGUGGCCAAUGUCGGGGAAUUCCUGGAUGCGGAGGCCGCCCGCUUGGCCCGACAACGUGGCCUCGAGGAAGCCUUGCUCUUCCUAGCACAGGGUUGGAGGAGAUGUGAGGAGGGCGGCUCGGUGCCGUCGACCUGGGAGGGCAUCGCACCUUUUCAGGAGGCGGUCCUAACCGUGUCCCUGGCACAGCUCCUUGCCGCUACCUCCGAGCAGAAGGUGGCGUUGAUCCUGGCUUUGUUGAACGGGCGGGUCCCAGUGAGGCUCAUGAACGAGCUCCUAGUCGCGGCGGCGGAGGAUGAUGCUGUCCCUGCAGCGCUCGUAUCCAAGCUGGCUGCGCAACUAAGAGGUCGGACGCUAAACGACCUUCGAAGCCAGCAGUUCAGUCAGCUGAUUCAUGUGUUGCGGGCCAGGAAAGACAAGAAAGACAGCAAAUACGUCAGUGCCCUGGUGGGCGCUCCCCUCAAGGAGGAGAUUUGGAGACCGGCCUUCGAGCCCAAGUUCGUUUGGCGAGGGCGCAAGAAUGAGAUCGUCUGCAAGCAGCUGGAUGGCCUCUUCUUGCAGGAGAACACUCUGCUUGGUUGGGCCUUGUCCCCGUCAGCUCUGGACGGUGCGUUAGCCCCCCCGUCCAAAGCACAUCUCACAGAGGCCGGCUCCAAGGAGUGGGAAGGCCUGGGCCGUGCCACGCGGCAGCGGAUCGACGGACUGCAGAAAGGCUUGCAGAACAAGCUGACCAGUUCGCAAGACCAGGCAGCAGAGUUCGUUGACAUCCUUCUGAGAGCCGGGGAUGAGCCGCGCAUGGCCGUUCUCGAGUGGUUGGGAGCUGUCAUCACGGCUGCGGAACCUCGCGGCCGGCAAGGUCAGCCAGCACCAGAGGGGUUCAAUUUCUGGCCGCAGUACGGCAACAUCGUGAUUGACAACAUGCAGCAGACGAACGUGGACUCUGGCGCCUUCGUGAAAUCCUUGAAGAACUUGCUCCUUCUUCAGGCUAUUCAUGCUCGUCUUCAAGGCUUCCCAACCAGUGGCGCAGCCUUGAACACGUUCACAUUGCUGUUGCAUUUGAUCAAGCCCAUCAAAUCAGAACAGGCUGCGACCAUCUCGGCGUUCUUGCCUUUGCGAGACGAUGUUCCGCAGCUGCUUGGAAACUACAAGAAGGAGGCGCGAUUUGGGGAGAAGGAGCAGGUCGAGGCGGCCACGGAGAGUGCCAAGUCCGAGCCCACCUACACUGCUGUCCUCAGCGACAAAACCCUCUUCAAAUCCGAGGUCUUCUGGCUUGCUACGAAGGGAAUCGGCUCUUUGCUCAUGCCUGUGGCAAAGGAAGCCUUCCAUGCAUGGCAGGGCAUCGCGUCCGUGUUUUACGACAAGGACCGCCAAGUCGCAGACACGGCCUGGCGGGAGUACCUGCUUUCAGAGGCAGCUCUGAAGGAGCCGCGUUUCCUGGAGCGCCUGGGCCAUUUGGUCGAUCUGACCUUUCGAUUCCUUCAGACCGCGGCGGCUGGGAGCGAAAAGGCGCUGCCAGCACCACAGCCGGGUCCCACCUGGCACGUGGUUCCAAGCUCUGUCUUGGAGAACAUCAUCGAGCUUUGUGACCUGUAUCGCGACCGCGACAGGAGCAAGUCUGGUGGUAUACCGACGGGGCUGUUCGUCCACGUGGACCCUGACCCUGUCAUGACUACGCUCUGUGUGGUGAUGGCCUCCGAAGACCACGUGAGGGAUCCAUCCUUGCGAGGGCGAGCUGUGAAACUGCUGCAUCGUCUUUGCUUCGCAUUCCGGUCUUGGAGGGACAAGCUGAACAUGCCACCUUUCGACAAGCACCUCAUCCCCUGCUUGAUCAACGUCUUCAUUGCCGUGGAGAAAGCCAUCAUGAGCUACUACGACUUGUCCUACCGAUACAAGUAUGAGCUCCGGGUACCUGUGAUGGACCUCUUCGACUUGGCCUUGCAGACAGAAGGCCAUCGCGAGGUCCUUGAGAAGUUCAUCAAUGGUGAUGGCAAUGAUCGAUUUCAGAAGUUGCUGACCCAACUCAUCAAUGACAGCAACUCUCAGAUCGAGGAGGCCAUUAAAACCGUGCAGGAUUUCCAUGCGAAGCAGAGCGAGAGCUCUUCGUCCGGUUCCGCUUCUCAGCGGCACGAUGAGCAGGUCUUGGAGGAUGACCGGACUGGUGACGGUGAUGAGGCGGAGGACAUCUAUCGGCGAAGCCGGAUGAACUACAAGGAGCAUGCCAAAAAGUACUUUGGCUUGGCUUCGAGGACAUGGAAGCAGAUGUGGCUGCUCUGCAAGCUCUGCGCUCCGACCAUUGUAGCCGGCUCCGUGGGGCUAGAGCAGCUUCUGCACUCUUCGCUCGACGCGCAGCUUCAUUACUUGGUAGGGCCCGACAUGAAAAAGAUCAAGGCUUCACCUCAGGAAUACGAUGAGCUUGGAUUCAAUCCCAAGGAGCUCAUCAAACAGAUUGUGGAGAUGUAUCUCUUCCUUGCGAAAGCGAACAAAGCAGAGGUGGUUCGCGUGGUCGGCAAAGACGAGCGAUACUACAGCAGCAACACCUUCAGCAAGGCCACGAACUUCGUCAGGAAGUACGGUCUGCUGUCGAGCGGCGACCUCGAGGCCUUCACGGACUUCUGCAAGGAGCUCGCAGAGAAGGUGUCGCAACACCGAGCGGCCUUCGAUGAGGCAGAGAUCCCGCAAGAGUAUCUCUGUGAGAUCAUGGCAGAUAUCAUGUCGGACCCGGUGAUGUUCCCGCAAAGCAAGAAGGUUGCAGACAGAACCGCAGCCCUUCGGGUCAUCAUGGGUGCGGACAAGGAUCCUUUUGCCAACACGCCCCUCAAGGUGGAGGAGCUUGUCCCCCAGACCGAGCUGAAAGAGCAGAUCCACAGAUUUGCCAAGGAGAAGGGCAUCGCGCUGGAAGGCGGCAACAUGUUCGACUGA